CGUCCGGUCUGCCCGCCGUAGGCCGAACCUGGCCGAGGAGAGACGAGUGGGACCGAGGCCCGCGGCGCGGCGGCCCCGAGCGGACACGGUAGGGUGCGCCCCACCCGGCGGCCAGGCGGAGCCAAAGAUGCCGGCCUCGGCCGCGCGGCCCCGCCCGGGCCCCGGGCCGCCUCCCGGCGCGCAUUUCCCGCUGAUGCUGUUGGCGGUGCUGAGCGGCCCGGUGUCCGGCCGCGUUCCGCGCUCGGUGCCCAGGACCUCGCUUCCCAUCUCCGAAGCUGACACUUACCUUACCCGGUUCACCGUCCCUCAGACAUACAAUUACUCUGUUCUCCUUGUGGAUCCUGCUGCCCAUACACUUUAUGUCGGCGCCCGGGACACCAUCUUCGCUUUAUCUCUGCCCUUCUCAGGGGAGAGGCCUCGAAGGAUUGACUGGAUGGUGCCUGAGGCCCACAGACAGAACUGUAGGAAGAAAGGCAAGAAGGAGGACGAAUGUCACAAUUUUGUCCAGAUUCUCGCCAUUGCCAAUGCCUCUCACCUCCUCACUUGUGGCACCUUCGCUUUUGAUCCGAAGUGCGGGGUUAUUGCCGUGUCCAGUUUCCAGCAGGUUGAAAGAAUUGAGAGUGGCCGGGGGAAAUGUCCUUUUGAGCCAGCUCAGCGGUCAGCAGCUGUAAUGGCUGGGGGAGUUCUCUAUGCUGCCACUGUGAAAAACUACCUGGGGACAGAGCCGAUUAUCUCCCGGGCUGUGGGCCGUGCAGAGGAUUGGAUUCGGACAGAGACCUUGCCAUCCUGGCUUAACGCUCCAGCCUUUGUCGCAGCCAUGGCCUUGAGGCCAGCUGAGUGGGGGGAUGAAGACGGAGACAAGGAAAUCUACUUCUUCUUUACGGAGACUUCUCGAGCAUUUGACUCAUACGAGCGCCUUAGAGUUCCUCGGGUGGCCCGUGUGUGCGCGGGGGACCUUGGGGGCCGGAAGACCCUCCAGCAGAGGUGGACGACCUUUCUGAAGGCUGACCUGCUGUGUCCAGGGCCUGAAGAUGGCCGGGCCUCUAGUGUCCUGCAGGACAUGGCUAUUCUUCGACCUGAGACUGGAGUGGGGGCCCCCAUCUUUUAUGGCAUCUUUUCCUCCCAGUGGGAGGGCGCUGCCAUCUCGGCUGUCUGUGCCUUCCGACCACAAGACAUUCGGACAGUGCUGAGCGGUCCCUUCAGAGAGCUGAAACAUGACUGCAACAGGGGACUGCCUGUCAUGGACAGUGAUGUACCCCAGCCCAGACCUGGAGAGUGCAUCGCUAACAACAUGAAACUCCAGCAGUUUGGCUCAUCACUCUCCCUGCCUGACCGUGUGCUCACCUUCAUCCGGGAUCACCCCCUCAUGGACAGGCCAGUGCUUCCGGCUGAUGGCCACUCCCUGCUGGUCACUACAGAUACAGUCUAUCUCAGAGUUGUGGCCCACAGGGUGGCCAGCCUCUCAGGGAAAGAGUAUGAUGUGCUCUACCUGGGGACAGAGGAUGGACACCUCCACAGAGCUGUGCGGAUUGGAGCCAAACUCAGCGUCCUUGAGGAUCUGGCCUUAUUCCCAGAGCCACAGCCAGUUGAGAAUAUGAAAUUGUAUCAAAGCUGGCUCCUGGUCGGGUCCCGUACUGAGGUAACACAAGUGAACACAACCAACUGUGGACGUCUCCAGAGCUGCUCAGAGUGCAUCCUGGCCCAAGACCCUGUCUGUGCCUGGAGCUUCCGGCUGGAUGCAUGUGUGGCCCAUGCUGGGGAGCAUGGAGGGCUUGUUCAAGACAUAGAGUCAGCGGAUGUCUCCUCUUUGUGUCCUAAAGAGCCUGGAGAACACCCAGUAGUGUUUGAAGUUCCUGUGGCUACCGCUGCGCAUGUGGUCUUGCCAUGUUCCCCAAGCUCAGCCUGGGCAUCCUGUGUGUGGCACCAGCCCAGUGGAGUGACUGCUUUUACCCCCCGGAGGGAUGGGCUAGAGGUGGUGGUAACCCCAGGGGCCAUGGGUGCUUAUGCUUGUGAAUGUCAGGAGGGUGGGGCAGCCCGGGUGGUAGCAGCUUAUAGCUUGGUAUGGGGCAGCCAUCAGGGCCCCUCAAGCCGGGCCCGCACUGUGGGGGCUGGACUGGCUGGCUUCUUUCUGGGGGUUCUUGCAGCAUCUCUGACUCUCCUCCUGAUUGGUCGACGUCAGCAGCGACGGCGGCAGAGGGAACUUCUGGCUAGAGACAAGGUGGGCUUGGACCUGGGGGCGCCGCCAUCUGGGACCACAAGCUACAGCCAGGAUCCUCCCUCUCCCUCUCCUGAAGAUGAGCGGCUGCCCCUGGCUCUAGGCAAGAGGGGCAGUGGCUUUGGUGGCUUCCCUCCACCUUUUCUGCUUGAUCCUUGCUCGAGCCCAGCCCAUAUCCGGUUAACUGGGGCUCCUCUGGCCACGUGUGACGAAACAUCCAUCUAGGGCGGGCAAGUGACCACUAGGGCAUGAGUGGCCACUGGAAUGGAGUGACCGUUGAGAUGUUGGGGUCACUGGGCCUGGAAGACCAUCAUGGCCUCUGAGUUCUCUUUGGCCUUUGAGUGAUCACUUGACUUCAAUGUGAGCCCUCUCUGGGCCUUGAUGGACUCGAGGCCAGGCCUUUGUCUGAAUCCUGAUUCCUGAUUCCCAUGAGAGAUCAGAACUCUCUGCAGUGAAUCAGGACUUUUCCCACCCCUGCUCUCUGAACCCUGGUGACUCCUUCAGUCCUGGCCCAUUAUUUUGGGCCCAUAAAUUUGGAGAGGGCAUAGGACAUAGCUAUGACUUUCCUUCUGGUUUUAUCCUGGCCAGAAGGAGGAGCUAUGGAGGCACUUGGAAGCUAAUGUGCACUGAGUCCUUGGAGUGGUUUUGCUGAUUCUUCCAGUUAGUCUAAUUCUCUGUGAGAGUGCAUGAUCUCCCUCUACCCCACUUUUCCUUCUUCCAUGAAAGAGCAUGUGUAUAUAUGAGUGUUCAUAGGACACCUGCUAAAUGUGCAUGAAUGACUGGGCCAUUGCUCAGGUGUGUUCAUCGGGGGUAAAGAGGGGGAAGGUUGGAAUGGGGGAGUUAACUGCAGCACUUUAGACCCUAUAGCCAGUGAAGGAAUGGCUUUCUAAUAGAAAAUAAACAACUGCCCCCACUCCCCCAAUCACUUUUCACAACCCUUCUCUUGAG